AUGAAUUAUAAGAUUUUGCUGUCACUUCUUGUUGCACAAAGCUACGCUGAUAUCAAUCAAACGACGGUGACCGAAGUGCUGAAUGCAUUGGUAUGGACUGAUUUUUCUUCCGAUGGAUAUCGUGUGCUUAGCCACCAGCCAUUCUACAGCAACCAGGAUAUGGAUAAAGCAGAGGUCUACAAACCGCCCCGGGAACACAGCAUAUUCUCGUUCUUCGACUCCGUCGUUGAUACUAAUGUCAUGAGAGAAGCUCACAAGUUUUUGGCAGGACAAGGUUUUUCCCCUAUGGACACUGAAUCGUUCAAGAAGCAGCUCAGUACCUUCUGGUUCGAUCUAUAUUCGAGAUGCGAAGCCUCUGGUAACUCAGGAUUCGAGAAUGUUUCUGGCGGUGAGGUGCAGGACAGUGACGUCAUCCGCUUCGGCAACUGGUACCGAUUUUGUCAACCUCAAAAACAAGGCCGUGUCGACUACAAGUUAUGGUCUCAGAAGCAAGCUGUAAGUUGCUGCGUUCAUAACAAUUUUGAAAAAAAGAGUCGCAGUGACAUUUACUUUUUGCUCAUUUUAUCGUUCAAAUGA